UGAGAGUUCUUAAAAGUUCACAGUUUUGGAAGUUUAGGCUGUCAGUCAGUGAACGUUGAUUUUCGAGUUGAAAAAAGAACUUGAAAAAUGAAUGGACACGUGUAUUUUAUCCACAUUAUUUUUACGCUAUUGGCAUUGACAAACUCUAGUGAAGAUGUUCGACUAAAAGUGAUAACAGUAGCUACUGAUGAAACCGAUGGUUACCACAGGUUUUUGAGAUCAGCAAAAAUAUAUGGACUUGAUGUGGAGGUAUUUGGACUUCAUCAAGAAUGGUUGGGUGGAGAUAUGGCCAAUGGACCUGGAGGUGGUCAUAAAAUUAACAUAUUGAGAAAUGGUAUUAAGAAAUAUAAAAAUGAAAAAGAUCUUCUCCUGAUGUUUACUGACAGUUAUGAUGUUGUUUUUACUGGUGGUGAAAAAGAAAUAUUUGAGAAAUAUAAAUCUGCAAAUGCUGAAGUUUUGAUUUCAUCUGAAGAUUUUUGCUGGCCUGACAAAUCAUUAGCAGCUAAGUACCCACCAGUUUCUACUGGUUACAAAUUUCUAUGCUCUGGAGGGAUAAUUGGUUAUGCAUCAACAAUUUACGAGUUAUUGACUUUAAAGCAAGUUGAUCACACCGAUGAUGAUCAACUAUAUUACACACAUAUAUACUUGGAACAACGAGAAAAUUACAACAUUAAGUUGGAUCACACUGCAAACAUUUUUCAAAACCUUAAUGGAAAUAAAGACCAUGUGGAACUAAGAUUUGAUGGUGCAAAUGCGAAAGUAUUGAACACAAAAUUUAAUACAUUACCCAUUGCCAUUCAUGGUAAUGGACCAAGCAAAGAUUAUCUAAACCAUUUGGCUAACUACAUCUCUAAUUCAUGGAGUUUUGAAAAAGGCUGUACAAGUUGCAAAGAAAACACUUACUUACUAAAUGAUAUUAAAGUUCAACAAUGGCCUAACAUACUGAUUGGACUUUAUAUACCAGCACCUACACCAUUUGUUUCCUCCUAUUUGGAACAAAUUUCAAACCUGGAAUAUCCUAAAGACAAAAUAGAUAUUUUUCUUCACAGUAUUGAUCCCCAUCAUAACCAUGAUAUUGAAGAAUGGAUGAAAAUUUAUGAAGAUAAAUACAGAUCGUUCACUUUUAAAGGACCUCAUAGUUUCCUUAGUGAAAAAGAAGGUCGAAAUACUGGCAUUGGACAUUGUAAAAAAGUCAAAUGUGACUAUUACUUCUCUGUGGACGCUGAUGUGUCGCUUACAAACAGAAAUACGCUCCAAAUUCUCCUUCAGCAAAAUAGGACCUUUUUAGUUCCCAAACUGUCAAAACCAGGCAAAUUGUGGUCCAAUUUCUGGGGUGCAGUUGGUUCUGAUGGAUUCUAUGCACGUUCACCUGAUUAUAUCGAUAUUGUAAAAUACGUUCGAAGAGGAGUUUGGAAUGUGCCAUUUGUGUCCAAUAUUUAUUUGAUUAAAUCAUCAACUAUUGAUCAAAUGGUUGUUAAUCCGUUUUUCUCUGUCAAUGUUGACCAGGACAUGACUUUCAGUGCUAAUGCAAGGAAGAGGGGUAUUUUUAUGUACGUAACAAACUUGGAUUACUUUGGUCAUUUGAAAGAAACAUCAACCUACACAACAAACUUCAAACACAAUGAUUUGUAUCAGAUCUUUGACAACAGAUUGGAUUGGGAAGAGCGUUAUCUUCAUCCAAGAUUUCAUGAAUUUCUUGAUUUAAACUCGAAAGAAUAUCAGCCUUGUCCAGAUGUUUAUUGGUUUCCUUUCACCUCAAGAAACUUUACAAAACAUCUUGUCGAAGAAUGUGAAUUUUAUGGGCAAUGGUCAGGUGGCAAAAAUAAGGAUAACAGAAUCUCAGGUGGUUAUGAAAAUGUUCCAACUGUUGAUAUCCACAUGAAUCAGAUUGGUUUUGAAAAACAAUGGCUCACCAUGCUUAAAGAUUACGUAUCCAAGAUGGUAACACGUUAUUUUAGCGGUUAUCACUCGCACAAUGAAGCAAUUAUGAAUUUCGUUGUGAAAUACACACCUACUGGUCAGUUUUAUCUUCGUCCUCAUCAUGAUGCAUCAACCUUCACUAUAAAUAUGGCGCUCAAUGACAAGGGAAUUGACUAUGAGGGCGGAGGCGCAAGAUUCUUGCGGUACAAUUGCAGUGUACCAGACACUGAAAAUGGCUGGGCGUUAAUGCAUCCAGGUCGAUUAACACAUCAACACGAAGGGCUUGAAACAACGAAGGGGACAAGAUACAUCAUGGUUUCCUUCAUCGAUCCUUGAACAGAAUUACAGAGAAUUGAGAUUUUUUAUCCAGAUUUUUGAAGCUCGGCGAUUAUUUCAAUAUUUAAAUUUUGCAUUAAAGUUUCAUUUAUAAUUUUCGUGAGAUCUUUAUGACGUGAUAAUGAUAUUGUUUUUUGUUUAUUUUAUAUCAUAUAUACGUCUGUUAAUAAUUUUUAGAGACGUAUAAUUAUUAUUUUUAUAUUGUUUAUUUCUAGAUUUAUAUUUUUACUUCGAUUUUUUUUUUAACGCCAACUUUUUAAUAAUUUUUAAGUGUACAAAAAAAACGUAGUAUUUAGUUAUACUUUUAUUUUUGAAUAAAUAUUUAUGUUUUUAAGAA